GGCAGCCAAUGGAAUGAGAAAACUGGAGGGAGCGUGAGUUAUGAUUGGCGGUGCCGAGAGAGGGUGGUUCGCUCAAGGCCUGUUGCUAGGUAGAGUAAGAUGGCUGCUUUGGACAGAGUCAAGGUGCUGGUGCUAGGCGAUUCCGGUGUUGGAAAGUCUUCGCUAGUUCACCUCUUAUGCCAAAACCAGGUGUUGGGGAACCCAUCUUGGACAGUGGGCUGCUCAGUGGAUGUUCGAAUUCAUGACUACAAAGAAGGAACUCCAGAAGAGAAGACCUACUAUAUUGAGCUGUGGGAUGUUGGAGGUUCAGUGGGUAGUGCCACUAGUGUGAAAAGCACACGAGCAGUAUUUUAUAACUUGCUGAAUGGGAUAAUUUUAGUGCAUGAUUUAACCAACAAGAAGUCAUCCCAGAAUCUGUAUCGCUGGUCUUUGGAAGCACUCAACAGAGAUGUCGCUCCAACGGGAGUUCUAGUGACAAAUGGUGACUAUGACCGUGAACAGUUUGCUGAUAACCAGAUUCCUUUGCUGGUAAUAGGAACUAAACUGGAUCAGAUCCCAGAAACUAAGCGGAAUGAAGUUUUGACCAGAACAGCUUUCCUGGCUGAGGAUUUCAAUGCUGAAGAGAUAAAUUUGGAUUGCACCAAUCCUCGUUAUCUAGCUGCAGGCUCAUCUAAUGCUGUUAAGCUAAGCAGGUUUUUUGAUAAGGUCAUAGAGAAGAGAUACUUCUUAAGAGAUGGCAAUCAGAUUCCUGGCUUCACAGAAAGGAAGAGGUUUGGAGGAGGAACACUGAAGAGCCUUCAUUAUGACUGAACAUUGAGAAUAAGUUGAAGAUGGAUUUUCCGACUUUCUAACAACAUUCCCAUUGGAUGCUUAAAGACAAUAAUGCUUGUGUCAGGCAGAAUAAAAUGAAAUCAUGCUUUGGCCAGGUAAACUGCUGAAGCUACUUCUGCUGGAAAGGACUUGGGGAAGAAUUUCCAAAAUCUAAUUUGAGAUCUAGACUCAUUCUUAGGCUUGCAGGCCUUCUGGAUAUAUGGGAACUUCUGAGGGAUGUGUGCAAUAAAUUCAGUGCCUCCCACACUGCUGUGGGAAAUGUUAUACAAUGCAUAGCAUGUAUAUUUGAUGUCUUUUUCUCCAUUUUGGAAGAUUUAUGAACAAUCUUUGCAAUGAAUUACAUUAAUCUUACCUCCAGCAGGAAGAUGAUACUGAGUGGGCUUCUCAUUUACGGUAAAGUGAAGGAAAAACAAGUGAGCAAAAUAUAAAGCUGGAUAAGGAAUGGUCUGGAAAAUACAGAAUGCCAUUAUUAAAUAAAUGGUGUUGUCUCACCUGGAACACACUGUUCAACUCUACUCAGAAGUGAUAAAAGAGAAAUAGGCAAGAGAUGAAAAAGAUUUGAAGCCCAAAAAAUCAUGAGUGAAAAACAAAUGGUAUUAAUUCUACUGCUUUAAUUAAAAAUGUUUACUUUGGAGAGGACAGAGAAAGUCAGUCAGGUACUCCCGUUUAUCUUUUCCAAAUUGAAACUCCUUGUUCUUAUAUCAAGUUAAAAGGCAAUGCAUUGAAAGUUGAUGGAGAAAGUGUAUUUUUAUACAGUGCUUGUUUGGAACUCAAUGUGAAAUGAUCAUACCGAAACUGAGAGCUUAGUGGGUUCAGAAAACAUGAAAUACAAGAACAUCCAUUGUUGAAUUGGGAUGGAUAGAAAUUUAAAAGGCAUAUAAAGCCCUGUAAAGAGUAGGAACCAAGUAUGCACGCUUAGAAAGAAAGAACUGUGAGAGGGCAGUUUCCUUCACAUAUCUAGUGCUAAAGAUGCAGGAGACUUGACAAAGAGGCCUGCUGAUCUGAUCUGCUGUGCCAGCUGUUGGCUUUCUAAAUAUCCCAGGCUCUGUAUAAUUUCUCAUCUCCCCAGAACUAUAAGGAGUGGUAAAAGCUGAGUUCAUGGCAGUUCCUUCCAUCCCCUUCCAUCCCCUUCCAUCCCCUUCCAUCCCCUUCCAUCCCCUUCCAUCCCCUUCCAUCCCCUUCCAUCCCCUUCCAUCCCCUUCCAUCCCCUUCCAUCCCCUUCCAUCCCCUUCCAUCCCCUUCCAUCCCCUUCCAUCCCCUUCCAUCCCCUUCCAUCCCCUUCCAUCCCCUUCCAUCCCCUUCCAUCCCCUUCCAUCCCCUUCCAUCCUUAUAGUUACGUCUAAUGGUUAAAGCCUCUGGCAGAGGCUGACUAAGAGCUAGAGUUAGAUAUAAAUACAGAUUAAUAAUAAAUAGGAGUAGAGGAAAGUAAAUGUUGGUGUGAAAUUGACAUCGAGCUGAGUUCUGCAGUCUCCAGAUUACAUCUGCCUGCAGCUCUUCUCUAGCAGCUGCCUGGAAUUAAAUGGGAAACUGCCUAUUGCCACUAAUCAGGCACAAAAAUGACAGCUAGGUGCACUAGUCAAACUUAUUAAAAAUAAAAAUAUGUAUACUUUGCUUUUCCUUUCUUCAGGCCAUUUCCUAAAGGGUCUCACAGCAUUUGCAAACAUUAGUGCACUACAUUUUUAGAUGGCUAUAUGAAAUAGGAUAUUAGUUUACACUUACUUUGACUAGGGAAAAUAAGGUUUCAGAUUAUUCAUACCACAUAACCCAUGCCCGAGUUAUGCAGCUCAUGACAGCACCAGUGUCUUUCUCUGCUCCUUUGACAAUGAAAGCUGUAAUUAUUUUCCCAAAGUCAGAUGCUAUUUUAGGGUAAUCAGAUCUGGGCUCCCUUCUGUUACCAAGGAGCUGCAGAAACCCCCGCCCCCCCCCCCCCCCCCAAAAGCUAGGGCUAUUUUCUCUUUCAUGCUAUGGCUUCUUUAAGAGACUUGAAAGUGUCACAGAGUAAGGGAAGCCAAGAGCACCCAUUUAGACUAAGAUACUGCACUACGUAAUGGUAACACAAGUCUCUGAUUUGGAGGAAGCAACUUUCCAAAGUAGCUCUCUUUAAUUAAUCAAAAAGGAACAUUGUGCAGUAUGGUGUAAGGUGGCCUAAGCCUUAGUCAGGACUUAACCUGUAUUUGUGCAUUUCACUCCUGAGACUCUACAAAGAAGAAACCAAGUCUUAAUAUGAGAAAUCUUAUGAAGGUGAAUUCAUGUUCCAGGAGUAAGAGAGAAUGCAUAGUUCCAGUGCAUCAGUGGGAUGGAAGCUAAUGGCAGUCAGGAUUUGGGGACAAAUUAAAAAUGAGAUAUUGUUAUGAUAGGAGGGAAAGAAGAUAAAGGGAACAAGAACUAAGGAAAAGUAGAGUACAUGAGCAAGCAGUAGAUCAGUGUUAGCAGAUUGAGAGAGGAGUUUGUUCAAGGCUCUGGCUCCUGCUCUAGGCUCAGCUAAGUCUAUCUGCAUGCCUUCAUCCACCUGUGAGCCAUGAAAACUCAUCCCAGGGAAUUUCCAUCCGCUACUGAAUUGACUUGCUGCAUGGCCUGACAAGUGACUUCACUGGUCAGUCUUACUGUUUCCAUCUGCAAAGUGAAGGAUGUUUCCCCGGAGGCCUAGUUCUGAUGUGUCUGUCUAUCAAAUUACAGUGCUUUCAACACGUUUCGAAUUAAAGAGUCUGUAUUUUUGUUA